UAGGGUUUGUACCUCAUGCAUGGCCUCUUAGGACCCUUCAAGUUCUAAAAUCUAUGAUCCUAGCCUGCAGAGGUUGUUCAAAUGUAAGGAACAGCUUUCUCAAAAUUAGAGCUAUUCAGAAGUGAAAUGGACAGUUUUGGUGGCUGGCUUUCUGUGUGCAACUGAUGCCUGCAGAUGUACUGCCUCAGGUGAGUAUCGUGUCCUAGGGUCCCAAAAGCAAACUUGGUCAGGUGGUAAAGUAGAAUGAAAUACUAGAUUCAGUCAGGAAACCUGAGUUUGGUGAUUUCCAGCUCUUCUGUCUGGAUGACUUGGUCUUGGACCAGUCCCUUCCCCAUUCUGGGCUUUAGAUUCUUUAUUUGUGAAAUGAGGAGGUUGAACUCAAAGAUCAUCCCUAAACUUCAAGAUGUAACAUUCUGUGAUCCCCCAAGGUUGAUUUCUUUCCUCUUCCUUAUUUCUCUCCCUUUCUCUUUAUGCACCUUCAGGCAAUUUCAGGGCCACACAGAUGGUGCCAGCUGUAUAGAUAUUUCCCAUGAUGGCACCAAGUUGUGGACAGGUGGUUUAGAUAACACAGUCCGAUCCUGGGACCUGCGGGAAGGCAGACAGCUACAGCAACAUGAUUUUACUUCCCAGAUCUUUUCUUUAGGCUACUGCCCCACUGGGGAGUGGCUGGCUGUGGGCAUGGAGAGCAGCAAUGUGGAAGUGUUGCAUCACACCAAACCAGAUAAAUACCAGCUGCACCUGCAUGAGAGCUGUGUGCUCUCCUUGAAAUUUGCCUACUGUGGCAAAUGGUUCGUGAGCACUGGGAAAGACAAUCUUCUCAAUGCCUGGAGAACACCGUAUGGUGCUAGCAUAUUCCAGUCUAAAGAAUCCUCAUCUGUCUUGAGUUGUGACAUUUCAGCGGAUGACAAAUACAUUGUAACAGGCUCUGGUGACAAGAAGGCCACAGUUUAUGAGGUCAUCUACUAAACAAGGAUUCUAACAGGGCUGUCAAACUCUGGGAAAAACAGACCCCAGCUCUGACAAUACAAUGGGCAAGGACCCACUGAAGGAUGUCGGCAGAAAGAAGCGUAGGCAGUCAUGCAUUCAGAGCCUUUUUCUCUGGCAAGCCGAGAGGGGAUGUGCCACGUCACGGUCUGGGACUAAUGUGCAUGGAUUGAUACGUUUCAGCAACUUGGAUAGAUUUUUUUUUCCCCAUCCUCCCCUCUUAAAAAUCCUGGCAGAUGAUGCAAAUGGAUUUAUUUGGAUGUUUUCAGCUCUGGCACCCAAGGAAACCCUCACAAAUCAUGCCUUCUUUCACUUUCUUUUUAUUCAGUUCUCAUUUGUCUAUGCUUCAGUGGCACUGUAGUGGAUGGCCUUUUUUUUUUUUCCUCGAGGGGAUGCUUUCCUCCCUCUCCCCAAUUGUGCAGUGCACAAGACUUGUGAAAAAUGUAAAUAAUGGACAAAUAAAUAAGACUGGACAAGAGGGAAAAGGAAGGGACUCCUUCCUACCGGGUACACUAGCUGUGUAUUUUGUCUGCUGUAAUUGUAAUCCA